UGCCCCAUUUAUAAGGUCUGGGGAGAGGAAGAGCCCCCACCGCUUCCAGACGAUGCUUAGGAUGAAGACAGUUCUGCUACUCCUUCUUGCCUUGGCUGUAGCCACUAGCCCAGCCUGUGCACUCCAAUGUCAUGUGUGCAGCAGCAGCACCAACUGCAAACAACCUCAGACCUGCCCAGCCAGCUCCCAGUAUUGCAAAACUGUCACCACAGUGGACACUCUGACGGGGAAUCUGGUGAAGAAAGCCUGUGUAGACUCAUGCACUUCCAACAACAGCCAGCAGGGCCAGAUCAGCAGCGGUUCCUGGGUCAUACAAUGCUGCCAGGGUGACCUGUGCAAUGAGAGGCUGUACAACGCUGCACCUGCACGUGCCCUAUUCAGCAAUGCCACCCUGGGCCUGGCAAUGAGCCUGAGCUUCCUUGCCCUUAUGGUUCUUGGCCUGUAACACACCACUUGGCAUUUUCCUUGCCCUUUCCUUUCUGGUUCCCAGAGUCCCCAUGGCUUCCUCCUUGGCCAUGGUGAGGACAGCCUUUAAAGGCUGGGGGUUGGGUCUUAGAGGGCACUGAGAGCUGAUGACAUAACACAGUGCCUGCCCCAGGACUGGAAGAUUUUAUCUGCUCUCCAGCAUGGAAGAUGGGGGAUAGACAUGACUCCAUCACCUCUGAUUUUGUACUCGUUUCAUUUAUUUUUAUACUUGGAAAUAAAUGACCUAGAAAUAC